AUGGAACAGGAGCAACGCGAGUUUCUCGCCAGAGAACGCCUGGAUGCCUUGAAGCGCGAGCGCCUCAGGGAACAACGUGACCUGGGCGCGCGUCGCCAGAACCAGGAACUUACGGAUCGCUUGGUCCACGCUGAGAUCGCCCGAGGAGAAGCGGAACGGCGUGCGCAGGACGUGGAGGCUCGCCAGACCCAGAGUUCCACUGAAACUCAGGGGAUGACCCAGAGUAUCACGGAAGUUGUUCGUCUUGAGCGUGAGCGCCUGGAUGCCGCCUAUGCCGAGCGCUGGCGACGGCACGAAGCCGAAGCCGACUCGGAGCGCGCGCGCUGGUCUUCCGAGAAUAUCCAGCGCUUCCACGCCGGCCAAGUGCGCGACCUUCGGGCAACAUUGGCCCAAGUUCAAGCGCGUCGCGCAACCGUCGCCCCUGAUUUGGCAACAAAUGUGAGGUCGUCAGUGGCUCAGAACCCUGAAGUUGCAACCCAACCCCAAGAAUCCAGAGGCGUAAUCAACGGAAACGCAAGUGUCACAGGCCAGAGACGGGAGACAGCUGAUCCGAAGAACACUUCCGAAUCUCGCCGCCUCCCAGCUAAGAGCGACCCUCGCGCAGACUUCCGCCGACACUUCCGGCAGAAUCGCGCGCACUCCAAGCGCUCUGCACCCAAGAAACACCAGCAGCAGAAGAUGAAGCGUCAGGAUGUCAAUCCACCCUCGGACUCAGACCCAAGCUCCGAUUCCAGCGAUGAUGACUCGUCCUCUGAGAGUUCGGAAGACAGUUCGGACGGGAACCCUGGGGUUAAGCUGACGACGGUCUCUACGGCUCAAGCUGGCACUACGCUCCUGACGUUCAGACCGUACAUCAAUUCGAAUACUCUGGGUGAGUUCGAUACUAAGGCGUCACUCAGGGAACGCGUGCAUUGGUGGGAGCGUUUUGCGAACAUGGCGGCUCAGGGAGGUUGGUCUACGAAGAUGCGAAUUCAGGAACACAAGUUGAAACUCUCGGGAGCUGCGCGUGACUGGUUCAACCAGUUGCCCAAACACACUCAGCGUGACUGGAAGGAGUUGGCGUCUGCAUUCAGGAAGAAGUACUGCAAAGCGCGCUCGUCGUACUCUGAA